AUGUCAGACACUGAACAAAAUUUAGAUGCUGGUGCGGUAGCGCCCUCACCAGACAAUGCAAUGUUAUUCAACAUGUUUUCCGAACUACAAAAAAGUAUGGUAGAAACCACACAAUUUUUAAGUGAACUACGCGCUGAACGCGCGUCAAAGACAGUCGAUUCAAAAGAAUCGCAAACGCCAGUCCCAGAGGAGGACACCACGCCAGCUUCAGAGGAAGCAAAUACCGAUACGCCAGCUUCAGAAGAAGUUCAUACGCCAGCUUCAGAGGAAGCUAGUCCAUCUGACCAAAGGGUCGUAAAUGAUGAUACAUUAAGCAUUCUUGGCGGCGAUGAUUUUGACGAUAAUGAGGACCUUUUAGAUGAAAUUGAUGAAUCGUUACGGCCGUCAGACUCUAUAGGCACACCAAUACAUGAAAAAAUCGCAAAAAUUGUAAACGACAAAUUUUCAUCAGAUCUCGGACUAGAGAAACGUAAGGAGAUAUUUGAAAAAUAUAGAACACCUGAAAAUUGUCCAAAGCUUUUUGUACCAAAGGUUAAUGAACCUAUUUGAAUGAGCCUCAAAGCUUUUCACCGACAGCGUGACUUACGCACAGCAGUCUUACAAGACUCUAUUGUUCGAGUAUCAAGCGCACUUUCUGUUACUGUUGACGAGCUACUAAAAUGUAGAGAAAACAAGACAUUGCCUGAUUAUCGUACUGUUGCCUCACGUCUUUUUGAUUCAAUUGCGCUUUUGGGCCAUGUUAAUACGGAAUUAUCCUAUAAAAGACGGGAUUCACUACGCCCAUUACUCAGUAACGAAUUAAAGCCUGCUUGUCACCGAUCGAACAAACCCGAGAAAUUUCUUUUUGGUGACGAUCUGAGCAAAUCAGUCAAUGAGGCUAAUUUGCAUGGGAAAUUCUUGUUGCGUGAUUCAUUUCCGCGCCAACGGUUUAUGCCUUAUCCAAACCAAAAAAAGGCAACACUUUUUACCAAAAAGGGGGAGGGGUCAAUUUCCUCCCCAGCAAACAUUCCGUCCGUUCCGAAGCCAACAACAGAAGAGUCAUUUCCGUCAAUAAAUAAUCAGGUAAUUGGUUUUCCGACAUACUUUACCUCAAAAAUCUUGCCGAAUUUAAAAAGACUGAUUGAUCUAUUUUGUGGCGGCCAAAUUAAAUAUUUUAUUUCACAGUGGGAAGCUUUGACUUCUGACAAAAGUAUACUACAGACUGUCAAAGGUGAAGUCAUUGAGUUUAUCGGAGACCCUCCACCAUGUUCUAUUUAUCCAACAAACUCGAUUUCAAAAGAUCAUAAAAUUAAAAUAGAAGAAGAGAUUUCUAAACUCUUGGCUAAAAACGUCAUUGUCAAAACUUCCCACGAACCAGGCGAGUUCAUUUCGCCAAUCUUUUCCGUUCCCAAGAAAGAUGAUAAGGUUCGACUUAUCUUAAAUCUCAAAAAAUUUAAUGAACAUGUCAAAUCAUACCAUUUUAAAAUGGAUUCCAUUAACACCGCCUUAUCACUUAUGACAAAGGAAUGUUGGCUCGCAUCCCUCGAUCUCAAGGAUGCGUAUUAUACUGUUGGUAUACAUAAGGACUAUCAAAAGUUCUUAAAAUUCCUUUAUAAAGAAAAACUUUUCAAAUAUACUGUUUAUCCAAAUGGUUUAUCAACAUGUCCACGAAACUUUACAAAACUACUUAAACCAGUCUUAUGUACCUUACGAAAAAAUGGUCAUAUACUUGUAAUAUUUAUUGAUGAUAUUUUGAUCAUAUCCACCUCAUAUGAGGGCUGUAUUACAUCAAUUAUUGAGGCUGUCAAUCUCCUCACUAACUUAGGCUUUGUCCUUCAUGUUGAGAAGUCAAUGUUUUUCCCUCAACAGAAGAUUGUGUUUUUGGCUUUUGAGCUCAAUUCCGCAACCAUGAAAAUUAAGCUAACUAAUGAGAAAAUCACAAAAAUAAUGUCUCGUAUUUCAUGUAUACUAAAUUCAGACAGGUACACAAUUCGGGAGGUAGCCCAAAUUAUUGGGUUACUUGUUUCCAGUUUCCCAGCCGUUCGAUACGGAGAAUGUCACUAUCGAGCAAUUGAACAAAAUAAGAUUGAGGCAUUAAAAAUAGCAAAGGGAAACUUUGAUACAUAUAUGCAAUUGUCAACUCGUUCAAUUGAAGAACUGAAUUGGUGGUUAGUGAAUUUACAAAAUUCUUAUAACUUGAUCCAUCCCACUCCCGUAGAUGUCAGUGCUAAUUCAGACGCAUCUCUCACGGGUUGGGGAGGUGUGCUGGAUAACUGUUCUACGGGAGGGUCUUGGACUGCAGUCGAAGCACAACAACAUAUAAAUUCUUUGGAAUUGCUCGCUGCGUUUUUCACUUUGAAAAGUUUUAUAAACCACCUACGACAUAAGCAUGUAAAAAUCAUGAUUGAUAACACAACGGCAGUGUCGGUAAUUAAUAAUAAAGGCACAAAUCACAGUGAGCAAUGCAAUGAGGUGACACAUGAGAUUUGGGCCUUAUGUGAAAAGCAUGGAAUUUGGCUCACCGCCGCAUACAUUCCCGGUAAACUGAAUAUUCUUGCCGAUAAAGAAUCCAGAAACAAAAACCUUGACACUGAAUGGAUGCUUAAUAAAAAAUAUUUGACUGAAGCUCUAUCCAAACUAUGUUUUUCACCUAAUAUUGAUCUGUUUGCCUCUCGAUUAAACAAACAAUUUGAUACAUACGUAUCCUAUAAACCAGACCCAUAUGCUAAGCAUAUCGAUGCCUUUACUAUUUCCUGGGCAUAUGAAAAAUUUUAUUGUUUCCCUCCUUUCAGUUGCAUCCUGAGAGCACUCAGGAAAAUAAUUCAAGACAAAGCCACGGGCAUUCUUGUAGUCCCCGACUGGCCAACACAGAGCUGGUAUCCCCUCCUACUUCAAUUUCUAGUGAAGCCUCCACAUCGUCUAUUGCCCAAAGCCGACCUCUUAGUCUUACCAUCAGACCGGAACCACAAACAUCCUCUCCACAAGAACUUGAACAUUCUUAUUUGUCAUGUAUCAGGAAUAAACUGCAAAUGAGGGGUUUCGCCACCGAUACAAUUGACAUUAUUCUCAGUUCUUGGCGAGAGGGAACUAAGACGCAAUAUCAGUCAACUGCAAAGAAAUGGUUUGAUUUUUGUCAGAAAAACAACUGUGAUAUCAUUUCACCACCUUUGCCUCAGGCAUUGUCAUUUCUGUCCGACUUAUUCAAAUCUGGUUUGUCGUACAGUUCUAUUAAUACUGCUAGAAGUGUUCUUUCUUCAAUUUUGUCCUGGGAGGGCAAUCCUACUCCCUUCGGCCAACUGCCCAUCGUUAAACGUUUUAUGAAAGGUGUAUAUGAGUCCCGACCGUCUCUGCCAAGGUAUUGCUCCACAUGGAAUGUCAAUACUGUCUUCAAUUAUUUAAGACGUCAGCAAGCACCAUCAUUAUUAUCCAUGAAAGACCUCAGUCAAAGAGUUGCUUUUCUCUUAGCCCUUCUCAGCGGACAGAGAUGCCAAACAAUCGGUAAACUAUCAAUAGACAAUAUGACAAUGGAAGAGACAAAAAUCACUUUUUAGUAGCAGAUAAAUUAAAACAUUCUAGGCCUGGUGUUCAUCAACAGCCACUAGUUUUUAUGGCGUAUGUUGCUGAUCAAAAAUUGUGUAUCCUAACAUAUUUACAGGAAUAUUUAAAACGAACAUCACCCGUUCGUGGUGACAACAAGCAGCUUCUUAUUAGUUUCGUGAAACCUUACAAACCCAUCUCAACGGAAACAAUCUCGCACUGGAUAAAAAACUUCAUGACAACUGCUGGUGUUGAUACUACACAAUAUAAGAGUCAUAGUACUAGAGCAGCAUCAACAUCUCAUUUAGCAUCCCAACAAUUUGACCUUAAAGAUAUCUUGAAUGCAGCUGGAUGGUCAAAAGAAGAGACUUUCAAACGUUUUUACCAUUUCAAAGAUAACAAUGAAUUUAACUUUGGUAGUGCUAUUAUGAAUACACUAUCCUAAACAAUUGCAUGGUCUAUUUGUAUAAUCAUUUUAUUAUGUGAUAUUUCCUUAUACUGUACAUUGUGUUUUCUCUUUCUUGCUGUUUAUUCUUCGGAUAUAAUAUUGGUGCAAUGCCAGCUCUAAAUUCUCGUACAACUACGUAACGACUAUAGCUAAUGACGUAAUAGAAUUGGAAAUUAAACGAGACUUACCUGUAAGUCGAAGUUUGAUUGUAAUUCUAUAAGUCAUUAGCGAGGAGUGGAGGAGUUGUAGGCCCACCCGUGAAAUUACACCCAGGCCCGAUUACCUCCUCCACUCCAGGCAUUGUACCAAUAUUAAUGCUCUAAAUACUGGUUAACUCAUGCGCGGUACUCUCUCUCCUACAACUCCUCCACUCCUCGCUAAUGACUUAUAGAAUUACAAUCAAACUUCGACUUACAGGUAAGUCUCGUUUAAUUUCCAAUUUUUCGCCUAUCUUUAUGUCAAAUCUUCUACAUAUCUGGUAUGUCAGGAUAUUGAGAUUAGGAAACCUCUUCCCCCUAGGCUUUUCUGCAUUACGAACUUUAUAAAUGUCAUCUGCUAUCAAUCGCCUCUCAUGCGCUGAUAGAUCGGAAUAUGUUGUAUUUAUUUCGGUACAAAAUGAUUCGAACCUAUCGUCGAUGCUCAUUUCCCGACUUCUCGUAAUCACACUGUCCCAACAAUCGUAGUCGUAACAGGGAUCGCGGAUCCUGCCGAUAAUCAGCCCGCUCUCACGACACGUCCAUUCCCAAUUUAUGGGGGCAAGUUGGUGCUUGCGUCCCUCGGAACAAAAGUGUUUGUUAGGAAACUCCACAGGUUCCUCUGAAGCAAGGAGAUCCGAGUGCUCCUUUUCCGCUUGCCUGAAGAGAACCAACCAAUUCGGAGGAUUUGACCUUAACCUACGUCGCUCUUCCGCUGUCUUACGCUCCUCUUCUAUCGACCUACGCUCCUCUUCCAUCAACUUACGCUCCUUUUCCGGUAAGUGACGAAUAUCUCCCGAUACUGUCAUAGGAAAAUCCAUACCUUUUAUUAUAUGAAAAAAUAUUUCUUUAAUUAAGUGGGUUUCGAAAUUACCUUAAGUUGAUUUUGAAACUACUUAAGGUUAUGUUGCAACCAGCUCUGACUAGAAUUUGACUAGAAUUGGACUAGAUUUGACUACAUGCUAAACCUAGUUAAAGUUAUGCUAACAUUUAGUUAAAGUAAUGCCGCAACUAGCUCUGACUAGAAUUUGACUAGAUUUGACUAGAAAUUCUAAAAAAGUAAGUAUAUUAAAGGGUAUUGGCAACAAAAAUUGCUUCAUCUAUCUUAUUGCUUCAUCUGAAAGAGCAUGAAAAAAUAAGCCGAUUGGCCGUUUAAUGCUCUAUUCUAUCUCAUCUAGUUCCGAAGUUCUACGCAAAAAUGUGAAAAUAUAAAUUGCUGAUUCAGCACAACGUGUGACGUAAUUAGCUGGGUAAGUAUGUUUAUUGAAUACUACACUGAAGUAAUACACCCUUGCCCCAAUUGAAUACUACACCCUUGCCCCAAUUUUAUGAAACAGCUUUAUUCAAGGUACUGAUAAGAAUAAAAUAAUAUCAGAAGUAUGUGUAUGAUACCUAUGCAUGCCAAAAGUUUACUUGCAUGAUAAUAAUUCGAAAAUGACAUACACAUAGAUAAAUGCAACUAGUUAUUCAAAAUCAGUGUAAGAGGCCUGGGAACGACAGUGUUCAAUCAAUCAAUCAAAUCUGUAUGCAAAAUUUCAUUUGAUUUGAGCCAAUAAUAACUCAGCUAUGCUUUAGUUUACUAUUCAAUAAACAUACUUACCCAGUUUAUAACGUCACAGAAUGUGCUGAAUCAGCAAUUUAUAUUUUGCACAUUUUUGCGUAUAACUUCGGAACCAGAUGAGAUAGAAUAGAGCAGUAAACGGCCAAUCGGCUUAUUUUGUCAUGCUCUUUCAGAUGAAGCAAUAAAAUCAAUAAAUUUUUUUGUUGCCAAUACCCUUUAAUGCAGGACAGUUGAAAACACUUGAAGGUUUAGAAAGUUUAAUUCGCCAUGAUGAAGGUUACAAAUUCUUAAGAGCAUUAAGAGGUUCACCACCUUACUUUGAAAAAGCUAAAAAAGACUUGUUUGCCAUGAUUCGCCAAUUAGGACCGGCAUCACUUUUUUGCAGUUUUUCUUCUGCUGAAACAAAAUGGAUUCAUUUAUUGAGAAUCCUUGGUAAACUUAUUGAUCAUAAAGACUAUAGUGAUGAUGAACUUGACAAUCUAACAUGGGAGGAAAAAUGUAGACUAAUCCAAAGUGACCCAGUUACAUGUGUUCGGCAUUUUGACUAUCAAUUUAAUACUUUUUUGAAAGAUUUUUUGAGGAGUGAACUUGCUCCAUUAAGAAAAAUAAAAGAUUGGUUUUACAGGGUUGAAUACCAACAAAGAGGUUCACCUCACAUACACAUGCUAAUAUGGCUUGAAAAUGCACCUGUAUUUGGUGUUGACAAAGAUGAAGAUGUAAUUGCAUUUAUUCACCAAAUAAUAACUUGUGGUAAGCCAGAAAAUGACUCGAACUUACUUGAACUGGUAAACAAGCAAACACACAGACAUUCUCACACAUGCCGAAAAAAAUCUAAAACGGUUUGUAGAUUUAACUAUCCUCAACCAUCUAUGAGAUCUACACAGAUACUGUAUCCACUUGAUGAUGAUACUUCUCAGACACUCAUAAGAAGCAGAAAAGUCUUGUGGAAAGACAUUCUAUUACCUUCGACCCACUGCUAGAAGAACUCAGUGUUUCAGAACAUGAAUAUAUUCUUGCUAUUCGAUCAUCUCUUAGUUGUCCUACAAUAUUUCUUAAAAGAAGUCCAAAUGAAUUAAGAAUAAAUAAUUAUAAUCCUGCAUGCUUCCUUGCCUGGAGAGCUAAUAUGGACAUCCAGUUUGUUCUGGAUGUGUAUGCAUGUGCAAUGUACAUUGUCUCUUAUAUUUCAAAGGCUCAAAAAGGAAUGAGUGAAUUGUUACGUAAAGCUUGUUCUGAAGCUAAGGAAGGAAAUGCAAACAUUAAACAACAGGUCCGUGAUAUUGGAAAUAAGUUUUUGAACUCAGUAGAAAUUAGUGCGCAAGAAGCGGUGUAUGUUGUAUUGCAACUUCCAAUGCGGAAGUCUUCUCGAAAUGUGGUGUUCAUUAACACAUCACUCCCUGCAGAACGAGUUGAAUUACUUAAGCCACUAAUUGAAAUAGAAAAGAUGUCGGAUGAAUCUGAAGAAAUUCAUUCUGGUGGUCUCUUGAACGACCUGAUUGUUUGA